GUUAUACUACGGAAGCUAUCCACUUUAUCAGGAAAUUGGUGGAACAAUACAGGGAUAGGAAGAGAGAUUUGCAUAUGGUGUUUAUUGACCUAGAGAAGGCAUAUGACAAGGUCCUUAGGGACGUCCUUUGGAGGUGUCUAGAGGUGAAAUGUGUGCAUGUGGCUUACAUUAGGACGAUAAAAGAUAUCUAUGAUGGAGCCAUGACUCGGGUUAGGACUGUGGGAGGUGACGCAGAGCCUUUUCCGGUGGUUAUGGGGUUACACCAAGUAUUGGCGCUCAGUCCGUUCUUAUUUGCCCUGGCGAUGGACGCACUGACACACCAUAUUCAAGGCGAGGUGCUAUGGUGUAUGUUGUUCUCUGAUGAUAUAGUUCUGAUUGAUGAGACGCGAGACAACAUUAAUGGAAGACUAGAGGUAUGGAGGCAGGCCCUGAAGUCUAAAGGUUUCAAGUUGAGUGAGACUAAGACGGAAUAUGUGGAAUGUAAGUUCAGCGACGUGGUGGGGGACACGGAUGUGGAAGUCAGGCUUGACUCUUAGGUCAUCCUCAAGAGAGAAAGUUUUAAGUACUUAGGGUCAAUUAUCCAAGGAGAUGGGGAGAUCGACGGGUAUGUUACACACUGUAUUGAGGUGGAGUGGAUGAAAUGGAGGUUAGCGUUUGGAGUCCUGUGUGACAAGAAUGUGCUACCGAAACUCAAGGUAACUUCUAUAGAGCGGUGGUUAGACCGGCCAUGUUGUAUGGGGCUGAGUGUUGGCCAGUCAAGAAUUCACAUAUCCAGAAGAUGAAAGUAGCAAAAAUGAGGAUGUUGAGAUGGAUGUGUGAGCACACUAGGUUGGAUAAGAUUAGGAAUGAACAUAUCCGGGAGAGGGUGGGUGUGGAUCCGGUGGACGACAAGAUGCGGGAAGCGCAACUUAGUUGGUUCGGACACGUGCAAAGGAGAAAUGUAGAUGCACCGGUUAGGAGGUGUGAGCAGUUGGCUUUGGCAGGCACGAGAAGAGGUAGAUGGCGACCUAAGAAGUAUUGGAGCGAGGUGAUCAGACAGAACAUGGCGCGGCUCCAGAUUUUCGAGGACAUGGCUCUUGAUAGGAAGGUGUGGAGGUCGAGCAUUAGAGUUGUAGGUUAAGGGGUAGUCGAGCGGUUUUCCUCUUUGUCCAUGUUUCCCUCUUUGUUCCGGCGACUAUGAUAGUGUUUUGUCUAGCACUGCUAGUGAUUUAUGUUAUGUUUCACACUUUUGCAUAAUAUUUGUAUUAUUGCUUUUCCAUUUAUUUGUGUUACUGCUUUUCCAUAAUAUUUGUGUUACUGCUUUUUCAUUUAUUUGUUAUCUCUCAUGUUGCUACUAUUAUUUUGGGUUUUUGUUGUUACGAAUCUAGUGUCUAUGAGCCGAGGGUCUCCCGAAAACAGUCUCUCUACCCUUUCCAGGGUAGGGGUAAGGUCAGCAUACACUUUAGCUUUUCCAGAUCGGUGAAUUCUACUGGGUUAUUGUUGUUUGUUUUGUUUAUUAUUAUUCCACGAAAAUCUCUCUCCUCCAUUUUCGCCUUCCAGAGGCGCCACCUGUUCUGACCCAACCAGGCUUUGCAUCUGUCGCAAAAACCAAAAAUGAAUAGUUGCGGCUAUCAGCAAACCGCCUUGGUUGGUUCUGUUGGCGUUGUUUGCCCUAAGCCUCGCCGGCUCGGGUUCUUCAAUUCAUCCUAUGUUCACGCCGACGAACCCAUCAGAGGAACUGAACUUCUGGAUAUCAUACUCACCAAGGGGGGCUAUGAUGUGGAGACAACCAAUUUUGAGCUAGCUUCAUCUCCGCCAUUCUUUUUCGGGUCUCCGCCUACCAGGGCUUCCAAUCCCCUGAUUCAGGAUGCUCAAUUCAGCAACAAUAACAACAUUUUUUUUCCUAUACUAGCAAUUCCAGAAGGAGCAGCUGCACCUUCACCACCAUCCUCCUUUACCUCCACCUCUGCUCGUGUCUGCGUUCCCGUGAAGUAUGGGAAAAAGCAAGCUGCUGUGAGGAUUGAAGGCUUCAAUUGCUGCAGCAGCAUCUCCGCUGUUGCUUAGGUAAAUCCUGUCGCAUAGAUGAUGACAAAACAACCACAACAAAGUAAAAGACGUAAAAAUGUGAGAUUUUUGGGGAGAGGUGAUAAACCAAACCAAAUUCUUUUUGGCCUUGUAUAUAUAGAGUGAAAGAAAAUGAGUUAUAUUAUCCAGUCAUUCAAAUCCUGUUUGUGAAUAUGUUUAUUAGGUGACGAAUGAGUGUUCAUUUGAUAGCGGAAAAAUAAGUAGUAAACUGAGUAACCCAAAGAGGAAAGAUAGGCCAAAUGAUUGUCCUUUUUCCUUUGGUAUUAAUUGGGUUUCUUUCUUAGAAUUAGGCCAAGUUAUGUGUUGAGUAUGUAAUGUAGUGUGAGAGUCUCAAAAGAGAGACUUAUUCUUUGUGACUGAAAAAGUUUGUCACUCUAUCCCGUCAUUUGUAAUUGUAAUCAGAAGGAGAGGAGAAGAUAGUCUUGUUAGACAAAUUUUAUUCACAUUGUGUUUAUUCUACUACUAGUGGUAAUUUCUUUUUCAGUA